GCAAGCUCUCUCCGUGCAUGAGCGGCAACGGCCCCAGCCGCCAGUGCGACGCGAGCAGGUGAGCUGAGCGCGGAGCUUUCCGACCAGGUUGCGCGGCUGGCGCGGCAAACUGAGCGCCCUUCACCGGGGGCUGGAGCCCUUGGCUCUGCUGGGCUCCUGGUGAACGCUGACAUUGGGCAGGAUUUGUUGAAGUUGUUUUAAAUUGAAGCACUCCCCAACAGAAAGGAUUUUUCAUAGCACCUCAUGCAGCCAUGGAUCUGGAUAAACCAUCUGUCUGGGGCUCGUUGAAACAGAGAACUAGGCCCUUGUUACUCAACUUAAGCAAGAAGAAAGUGAAGAAAAACUCAGGCAAAACUCUGGACUUAAGAGAAAGUUGUCGUUUGGAUAGACGACUGAGCCUGUCUGUACCUGACAUACUAGAGGCUGGGACUUUGGCCCAAGAUGAACAUUCAUAUUCAGGGCACCAGGCCUCAUUCACGUCUGUACCUCAUGGCCUUUCCACUGCAGGAAUAUCUCUCAAGAGCAGCAGUAGUUCCUUGAAACAAUCUGAAGAAGACUCAGAGUGGAGCCAGGAGGAGGUAGCCCAAUACAAUGUAGCUGAAACAGAUUCUGAAGACAUGUAUGCUUCUGUAUUGGAGGAGAGAAGAGCAUCUAGUGAUGGGAUCUUUGAAGCACUUCAGAAGGCAAACCUGGGAGGUGACAUAGUAGAAGAGACAGAGCAGAAUCCAGGUGGAUCUAGUUAUUUGGAUACUUCAAUGACCUCCCAGCUUUUUGAAGAGCAAUCUACUCUUGAAGAAGCAGGAGAUUGCUUAAGUAACCUCCCCAGCCCUUUUGCUUACCUCCUCACCAUACACCUGAAAGAAGGCAGGAACCUUGUCAUUAGAGAUCGCUGUGGUACAAGUGAUCCAUAUGUGAAAUUUAAGCUGAAUGGCAAGACCUUGUACAAAAGCAAAGUCAUAUACAAGAACCUGAACCCAGUUUGGGAUGAGAUAGUUAUAUUGCCAAUACAAAGCCUUGAUCAAAAGCUGCGAGUUAAGGUAUAUGAUCGAGAUCUAACUACAUCUGACUUUAUGGGUUCUGCCUUUGUAGUCCUUAGUGACCUUGAGCUUAAUAGAACAACUGAACAUAUUUUAAAAUUGGAAGACCCAAACAGUUUAGAAGAGGACAUGGGGGUUAUUGUUUUAAAUCUAAACCUGGUAGUGAAACAAGGUGAUUUCAAGAGAAAUAGAUGGUCAAAUCGGAAGAGGUUAAGUGCAAGUAAGUCUUCCUUGAUACGCAACCUGAGACUUUCAGAAUCCAUGAAGAAAAACCAACUCUGGAAUGGGAUUAUUAGUAUUACUUUAUUGGAGGGGAAGAAUAUCUCUGGAGGAAGCCUAGCAGAGAUAUUUGUCCAAUUAAAACUAGGAGAUCAGAAAUAUAAAAGUAAGACACUGUGUAAGAGUGCAAAUCCUCAGUGGAGGGAACAGUUUGAUUUUCACUACUUCUCUGACAGGAUGGGCAUAUUGGACAUAGAGGUGUGGGGAAAGGAUUACAAAAAGCACGAGGAACGUUUGGGGACGUGUAAAGUGGAUAUUGCAGCCCUCCCGCUCAAGCAAGACAAUUGUUUAGAGCUGCCGCUGGAGAACCGUCUUGGCUCACUGCUUAUGCUGAUCACACUUACACCCUGUUCAGGUGUCUCUGUCUCUGAUCUCUGUGUCUGCCCCUUGGCAGACCCCAGUGAAAGAAAGCAGAUUUCCCAACGAUAUUGCUUACAGAACUCCCUGAAAGAUAUGAAGGACGUUGGCAUUUUACAAGUGAAAGUUUUAAAGGCAUUAGAUCUCUUAGCUGCAGAUUUCUCAGGAAAGAGCGACCCUUUUUGCUUAUUAGAAUUGGGAAAUGACCGACUUCAGACACAUACAGUUUAUAAAAACCUCAAUCCUGAAUGGAACAAAGUUUUUACGUUUCCUAUUAAAGAUAUCCAUGAUGUUUUGGAAGUGACAGUAUUUGAUGAAGAUGGAGAUAAGCCCCCUGAUUUCCUUGGGAAAGUUGCCAUCCCCUUGCUGUCUAUUAGAGAUGGGCAGCAAAGUUGCUAUGUACUGAAGAAUAAAGAUUUAGAACAAGCAUCAAAAGGAGUUAUUUAUUUGGAGAUGGAUAUCAUAUAUAAUCCGGUAAAAGCAAGCAUUAGGACCUUUACACCCAGAGAAAAGCGCUUUGUUGAAGAUAGCCGCAAGCUUUCCAAAAAGAUUUUAUCAAGGGAUGUUGAUCGUGUGAAAAAAAUUACUAUGGCAAUAUGGAAUACAGCACAGUUCCUUAAAAGUUGUUUCCAGUGGGAAUCUACAUUGAGGAGUAUAAUAGCAUUUGUGGUGUUUCUGGUCACUGUCUGGAAUUUUGACCUGUACAUGAUCCCCCUGGGUUUAUUGUUGCUCUUUGUUUAUAAUUUCAUCAGACCCAUGAAAGGAAAGGUCAGCAGUGUCCAAGAAAGCCAGGAAAGCACAGACAGAGAAGAAGACUAUGAUGAAGAUGAUAAGGAAUCUGAGAAAAAAGGUUUAAUUAAAAGAAUCUACAUGGUCCAAGACAUUAUUACUACUGUUCAAAAUGUCUUGGAGGAAAUGGCAUCUUUUGGAGAACGUAUUAAAAACACAUUUAACUGGACGGUCCCAUUCCUCUCUGGACUGGCCUGUUUAGCACUGGCAGCAGCCACCGUUAUAUUGUACUUCAUACCACUGCGCUACAUCAUUUUAAUAUGGGGCAUAAAUAAAUUUACUAAGAAGCUUAGAAAUCCCUAUGCCAUCGACAAUAAUGAGCUACUAGAUUUCCUCUCCAGGGUACCAUCUGAUGUUCAAAAGGUGCAGUAUGCUGAAUUGAAACCAUACAGCAACCACAGUCCCCUUAGGAAGAAGCGGAGUGCUCUCUAGGACACAUACCGACUUUGGAAUGCAGCAUCUCUUUUUUGGGUUUGGUUUGGACCAGCACUAAAACCAGUCAUGUCCAUAUAGUCAUUCUGGAAGGGCAUAUUUGUUUCACAUUCUCCCAACUGCCUCCCUGUAGGAACACAUGGAGUAUUGGCAUUAUUGUUUUUGCGCAGAGGGUCAGCCCAAUUGGUGGAGGCAAUCCAAGGAAUGUGCACAAUUGUUCCAUUCUCAGAAGAACUGGAGUGAGACCUUCAGUAUUUCGGCUUCCCCAUUGGAGAAUACCAAUGACUAGUUUGCCCAAGGACAUCUAGACGUCUUGGACUCAGGAGAAACUUUGACCUUUUUAAAUUCCUCUAACAGGUUUACCAUUAAGAUUUUAGAGUUAUUUUUUACAUCUUCAUUUAGAUAAUUGUUCACUUAAAAGGUUUUGUUCUAAUAUAUUUGAUGCCCAUCAUCUUUUCAAAUAAUGUAUAAUUUAAAAUAUGUAUCUCAUGAUGGCCAGAAGGGCAAAAAAAGCUGAAGCUUCAAUGAUGUCUUAGUAGCUAUUAUCUAGUUGCAAUCAAUUUCUUGGUGCUGGAUGCCAUGUUGCUCCAUAAGAUCCAUUGCUGGCAAUGGACAUGUCAGAAGCAACCAAUUUGAAUAAAUUAAAGAAAUACAAUCUUCUGACCCACAAAGAGUUUAUUUUCAAUUAUCAUUCUAAUACUAUCUCAUUGAUUUUUAUCUUCAUUUGCUUUUGUUUGUCAAAAAGACUCAACACUACUGUUUUAGAAAUAAUACAUUUUUUAAAUGUGAGUGAAGGGACAAAAAAAGAUAAGGUCUCUGGUGACUAAAAUUAUUUCUUCCGGUAAUUGAUUACUCUAUGUAAGUGCGUCUCUUCUAAUGAUCUUCUCCAGUGUUUUAUUCUGACAUAAGAGGUGGCACUGAAUCUCCAAAGGCCUAUGUUAGCAAAACCCUAGUUCUGGCAGUUUCUACCAGGAUGGAAAGAAAGGUUUAAGACCUGAGAUUUAGGGGGGAGAAGGAUCUCAGAGGCCAUCUAGUUUGAGCACGAUGAAAUGGUUGAACUCAGAGACUCAGAGACAUAGUAACAGAGGUAUGAUAUGAGUCCAGGUCUUAUAGGCCUAGGAAUAAACUGCAUGUUUUUUGCAGGACCAGACUAGCUAAAUGUAUCAUCAUGAUGUUGGACAAAGGAUGAGAGAUUUUUGGGGGGAGGGAUUGGUGCAGAAUGCCUCUAAAAUUUCAGCUGUUAUUUCUUUCAUGUGCUGAUGGAGCAGAAGGCCCACAACAGUGGGAUUCUUGAUCCUUGAAGAAUCUUUAAAAUUAAUUGGUUUAUGGCUAAAAAAUAAGAUUUGUUCAUUUAAUUCAGUACACAUUUAUUAAGUUCCUACAACCUCCAGGUACUAUGUUAGUCACUGGACACACCAAAACAAAAAAAGACAUGGCCUUUGCCUUCAAGGAACUUAUAUGCCAUUGGAUUUAAUUUAUGGACUUCUUUAGGUUGGCUUUCUAAUACUGGAUCUAGGAUUCCUGUUCUGAUCAUAAGUAAUAUGCACAAUUAGAAUUUGUCCUAAAAUCCUACUAUAGGUCAGGAAGCAAAAGCAAUCUAAGAAUGGAAAGUAAUUUCUACCUGUUUGCCCAUCCAUCUCCAUAAUGUUACAGAACAUUUGUUGUUUCCCAAAUAAUUAAAAAUGUUUAUUCUGUCAAAAUGUAGAAUUAAAUGAAAUACUCUUUUCAAAUGAAA